AUGGGACAUACAUUUGUGGUGACCAACAGUCUUAUGCAAAUGCUUACAUCAAGAGGAUUAUUCACUGGGUUAUCUUCGAAAGAUCCAUACGCUCAAAUGGCUAAAUUGACAAAUGUUUGUAAGAGUAGUGUGGGACCACCGAACCUGGAUAUGAACAUUAUAAGUUUGAGAGUAUUCCCACUUUUGUUGACUGGUGAUGUUGCUUUGUGGUUUUCUGAGCUGCUAUACAAUUCAGUAUACACAUGGAACCAACUGCACCAGGUGUUUAUGGAAAUGUACUUUCCGGUGUCCAAGAAGUUGAAUUACAAAUAUAAACUGAAUAAUUUCACGGCACUACCUAGAGAGUCAGUAAGUAGUUCAUGGGAUAAGUUCACUGGAUUCAUGAGGAGUGUUCCGAAUCACCGCAUAGAUGAUGAGUCAUUAAAGAUUUACUUCUACAAAGGAAAAGAUAACAAUGGGAAGGCUAUGUUAGAUACUAUUGCUGGAGGAUCUUAUGGUGAGUGCACUAUUGGAGAGAUUGUCGAAAAACUUGAGAGGAUCUCCCAGAACAAUAAAUCAUGGAGCACUAGGAAGGAAAAUACUGGUAGAAGCAUGUUUAAUGUCCAAACUGCACCAAGUCAAUCCAAUGAUGAUAUUUGUGAAGAGAUGGUCCAAAUGAGGACUGAAAUUAGGUUGGUAUUAAAGCAUGUGAGUGGAAGUGCAGAGAAAAUGAAUGUAGUAAAUUAUCUGACUAGAACUCCACCACCGCUAGUUGAGGAGUACUACUAUGAGGAGGAUGCAAAUUUAGUGAAUGAUCAGACGGGGGAUUUCCGAAUCGACGCCCAAGGUUCUAAUUUGGAUAAUUGGCAUCAAGGUCAAGGAAACCAUGGUCGGAACUAUGGCAACUACAAUCAAGAGGGAAACUAUGUCUGGGAUGGGAACUUCAAUCGUGAUAACAACUACAACCAAAACAACUAUGGCAGCAUGAAUGAGAAGGUUAGGCCCUAUAUUCCACUUGGUAAUAGCGAGGCUGCUACUAGUAUGACUCGCAUUGAAGAUAUGAUGCAGAAGAAGAUGAAGAGGUUUGAUACGACUGAUGAAAAUGUGAAAGAGUUGCAUAAUGAUUUAUUUGAUAUUGUUCAGAAAGUUGAUGCCCAUGCAGUGUCGAUCAAGCAACUUGAGCAGUAG